GGAGGGGAAACGCUCUUGGACUUGGCGAUUGAGCAAUUCAGGACUUUGGACGAAUUUGUCAGUCUUUGAUCCUCACCUUGCCAGCAGUGCUUCAAUGCUGAGGAUGGAGCCUCUAAACAGCACGCACCCCAGCACGGCGGCCUCCAGCAGCCCCCUCGAGUCCCACGUGCAUGGCCGCGGCAGCAGCAACGGCAACGAAUACUUCUACGUUCUGGUUGUCAUGUCCUUCUACGGCAUUUUCUUGAUUGGAAUCAUGCUGGGCUACGUGAAAUCCAAGCGGCGGGAGAAGAAGUCCAGCCUGCUGCUGCUGUAUAAGGAUGAGGAGCGGCUCUGGGGGGAGGCCAUGAAGCCCCUGCCCAUGGUGUCUGGCCUCAGAUCCGUGCAGGUGCCCAUGAUGCUGAACAUGCUGCAAGAGAGCGUGGCACCCGCCCUGUCCUGCACCCUCUGCUCCAUGGAAGGGGACAGCGUGAGCUCCGAGUCCUCCUCCCCGGAUGCGCACUUCACCAUCCAAGAAGAGGGGGCAGACGACGAGGUGGGGGAAACUUCCGAGACGCCCCUCAACGAAAGUAGUGAAGGAUCCUCGGAGAACAUCCAUCAGAACUCCUAGCACCCCCAGGGCCGGUGGAUGUGGCUCCGUCAGCCAGCAGCCUUAGAGAGAGAAAGGACACUUUUCGAGUGUCUGGUGGCGCUUUUCCAGUGCAGUGGAGAGACCCUCGGCGAGCCUCGGAAUCGGGGUGGGGUGGGGGACAAGGCUCAGCCGGAGCCAGCAGCAGCAAGGAGCCCCUGUGGCUUGAACCCACCACUGGAAAAGCCCUGAUGACCUGCGGUCUAUGCGUUUACUCUGGGGCCUGGGUGUCGGGGUUCCUGCUCCGAAUUUUGCAGGUCGAUGUGUUUGCUGUUGUUUUGUCACUGGAUGACCUGGGUAACUCCUGUAUCAUCUGCCCUCUCUGAGGGCUGCCUAUGGGACAUGCUGGGGGACUAGUGCUGAUUUCCUAAAUUGCCCAGAGCUUUAUUCUUCCAGAGCUGAUUGGCUGUAAGUACCUCCACCAUGUACCUGUGGCAUUAGCUCAGCGCCAGUCACAGAGCUCCUUUAGGAGAUCUUUUGGACCAGGGGGAAAAUAUCAAUGGAGGAAUUUUGAUGGAAGAAAGCUGGAGAUCUGAAUGUGACCCAUUUGCAUUCUGUAAGGAAAAAUGCAACCUUUUAACCUGCUCCCAUUGGCUGGGGUUAUAAGAGAUGAUCUGUCUUUUUGACCCCUUUUCUUACCUAUGACUUUUACCUAUCUGUCCUGUGACCAUCCAGCAUCACAUGCUGGCAUUUUUUUUUUUUUUUUUUUGGCGGGAAGGGCUCACCUAGAAUCAUAUCCACACUCCUAAGCUCCUAAUGGCCGGCCAUGCAGGGACUCUUACUGCCAUUUCCAGAGGGGGAGAUGGUGGGGUCGAACAAGGCCAGCCGUUAGCUCUGCUACUGCUCAUUUUCCCAGCCGAGUUCUCUGAGCUGGGAGGAGGAAUUACAUGGGCCUCCACAGUGUGGUAUUUUGUCACGUAGCUGAGACCUAGAAGGGCAUUCUCAGGCGGAGAUUGUACGAAGCUGGGGUCUGAGUUCUGUGAUUCCUGGUCCCGAGCCCUGACGCUUGUUUGCUGUGUGGUCCCGGGAUGCCGUCAAGAGCUCAGUGCCUUUCUGAGACUCCUCAUGAUUGUGUCCCCAGGGGAUGGGGAGGAUGUCUUUAGAUUUUGAAGACUCUGAGAUAAAUCCUGCAUGGCCUGAUGUGAGGAAGCUUGAGGAGAACAAAAUAUUUCCCACUUGGCCAGUUAGUCUGAAAAAGGAUCUGCUUAUUUAAAGGAGCCGAUGGACACUCAGAACAUGUAACUGGGGAUUUAGGGUGAAGCACCAACCCAAACCUGCUUAAUUUCCCCAGGAUUGAGCCAUGGAGGCAGACUCCGCAAAGUUCCCUGGGCGAGAUUCCUGGUGGUGGGAUGUUAACACUCCCAGCUGAGGGAAGGAAGAGUCUAAAAACUGCUUGGGAAUGCUUCACAAUGUCUCCAUGUAUUUUUCUGGUCCAUAACUUCAUAGCAGACCCUUUAGGCUCUUAAAUGCAAGGAGGAAGAGAAAGACACCAAAAGGUCAGAUUUAAUUCUAGUAGCAAAACUUUUAUCUUUCUUUCUUUCUUUUUUUUUUUAAAAACACAAACUCCCUGCAUUGGAGACACAACAAUCACUAACGAUCACUACUGUCUCCAUGGAAGGGUUAAUAGCCUAGGGACUGGUUUAUCAGUCUGCGUUAACACAGAGUCAGAGGAAAUUUAUGUUUAGGGAAGAGGGCCCUCCGUUCACUUUAAGAUUCAGUGUGGAUUUACUCCAAAGGGGGCUGUUUAAGUUGAAAGAAGCCAAGUUAAGUUGGCCCCUUGCCUGGAAAUCACUUGAAUUCUGAAACUUUACUACAACGGACAUGUGCAGUGUCACAUUUUCCAUUGCUUUAUCCUGAAGUUUGGUGCAAGUCUAUCUGCGCCUACUAAAAAGUGAUGUAUAUACUUCUUUCUUAUUCUAUUGAGUUGUAUAGAAUUGUCUUCCAUAUUUAACAGUUUGUAAUUUUCACAUUUUUUAAUUUAAAUAAACACAGUU